UAUAGACGUGCCAAGGCAUUACACACACACACACACACACACACGUUUACUUCAGCUUUUUUGGAAGAAUUUUUCUUCAAUCCCACCCAAUGCAUUUCAACGGUCGCCUUUUCGCUAUUCAUAGCCUGCACAGAGCAAGUGUCCGCUGCUGCCAAUGUAUGUUGUUCAGUCGCACUGCUACAUGGCGUUAUAGAUAUUAUAAUACGGUAUUUUGUGUUACAUCAUUUGUGUGUGAGUAUUACGUCAGUUGUGUUUCAUUACUAAGACUUCUGUGAGCUUUGUACUUUUAUUACAAAGACGUGUAGCCUACAUCAGUCCUUUGCCUUAUGUAUGAUGUAUUUUGACGCAUCUCCACGUGUGCUCAAUUCACAAUGGGCUUUUUAACGCCUUGUGAAAAGCCGCUUUGUUCACUUUUCACAAGGUUACAAUAGUUAUGGCAGCUCCAAAAUGUUAUUUCAUGUAAAUUGGAUUAUGGGAACAAGCUUUGGAAAGUGUUUUUUUUCCCCCCAUCAACACAAGAGGAAAACUGCAGUAUAAUGCAGUUUACAAAACACAUCUUACCUUUAACAUGUGUGACGUUAUUGUUGUUGUUAUUGUUGUGUACCUUUUUUUGUUUUUGUUUUUUUACUGUAGUCCUAUUUCAACGUGUUACUUUUUUUUUUUCGUAAUCAUUAACCUGUACAAAUUUUAAUAAAAUGGUCAAAACGGCAAUAACUGAACAUGCAUACACUGAGGAGCCAUCUGCUGCCCUCUUGUGGCUUCAUUUAUAUGCACCAAACUCGAGUAUACUUGAUUCGAUGCAUGUAAAUGGACUCGACCUGCUGACCCAAACUUUGUCGACGUCGGGCCAGAACCACCCCCUCCCUCCUUCCCUACCUCCCUCCCUCCCUCACCCCUUCCGUCGCGGGGCCACGAUGUGCUCCCUCCCUUCUGGAGAAGUUGAGGAGUGGGCAAAGUUCUAUCGCGGAUCCACACGUUUUGACAUCUCGGAACCAAUAUGUAUGCUCUUUGAAACUUGUUCAUCAGGCUUCUCCCGCUCCUCUUCAUCAAGCCAUGCUUCACCUCUCCAUCCUCCUGCCUGCCCUUCUGCUGGCCGCCUCAGCGACUAAAUCACCGAACAGCACCGAGGGAGAUGAAAAUGAAGUCUUCAAAAGCAUGCAGUCAGAUCUCGUCAAGCACCAGAUUGAGAAUCUCAUCGGAAAUCUCAGCCAACCUACACCAACUAUGGCUGCCCGCCAGUUUCCCAGUGGUGGUCCUCAGUGUCCCGGCAACCAGGUGAUGCUUGAGGGUAGCUCGGAUUGUGGUUGUCCAUCAGACAUGCUAAAGAUCGGAGACAUCUGCACCUGCCCACUUGGCUUCAGUCUUGUGGAAGCAGCAGGGUGCAAAGAUGUUGAUGAGUGUGGAGAAAAGGAACAGUGUGGCCCUCACGCAAAGUGCACCAACACCCCGGGCUCGUACUUGUGCCAAUGUCACCGUGGUUACCUGAAGGGUGCAGAAGGGUGCCAGGAUGUCGACGAGUGCGCCCUGGCCGCGGUGACGGGCCUGCGAGCCUGCGACGGCAAUGCGGAGUGCACAAACACCCUCGGCUCCUUCAGCUGUUCCUGCCCUGUGGGAUACCACGGGGCUCACAAUGGACAAAACUGUGAAGAUACGAACGAGUGCGCGUCCGGCGCUCACGGUUGUGACGUCAACGCUCGCUGCGGCAACAUCGUCGGCUCCUACUUCUGCCAGUGCGACCAAGGUUUCAACGGAGAUGGACAUUCUUGUUUCGACGUUGACGAGUGCGCCGUGAACAACGGACACUGUGACCACAACUGCACGAAUGAACCAGGAGGCUACAGCUGCCAGUGUUCUUCCGGCUACCAACUCGAUCCAGAUGGACACGGAUGCACAGACGUGAACGAGUGUUUGUCCCGGAACGGAAGCUGCGCGCACUCGUGCGUCAACACCCCGGGAUCCUUCCGAUGCUCGUGCAGGCCCGGCUACCAGCUCCACAUCGACGGGCGCACCUGCGUGGACAUCGACGAAUGUAAACUUCAGAAUGGCGGCUGUUCGCACAUCUGCACCAAUUCCCCGGGGGGACACGACUGCCACUGCCCACCUCCUCUACUGCUGGACACCGAUAACCUCACCUGCAGCAAUGUUUCGUCUUGUGGAUUGAGAAACGGCGGUUGCGACCACAUUUGUGUCACGGGGGCCGAGGGUCAUGUUCGAUGUAGCUGCCGCGCGGGCUGGAAACUGAGCGAGGACCUGAGGAGCUGCGAUGAUGUGGACGAGUGCGGAGAUUUCACGAACGGAGGCUGCGAGCAGUUGUGCGAGAAUCACCCCGGCACUUUCAACUGCACCUGCAAGGAGGGCUAUCAAGUGCAAAACGAUGACCUCACCAAAUGUCGACCUGUGUGUGAACCGCCAUGUCAGAACUACGGAGUGUGUACGGCGCCAAACAGCUGCGACUGUCCUCCGGGCUACCCUGGCCUCGGCUGCUCAGCCAUGUGCUCCCCACCUUGUGCGCAUGGAGGUACAUGUAUGCGCUGGAACAAAUGUUUAUGUCCUCCUGGUUGGACUGGAGAAGGCUGCCACACAGCCGUAUGUCAGCUGCUCUGCGCUAAUGGCGGUCGAUGCGUGAGUCCUGAUACCUGCCAAUGUCCGUCAGACUACACGGGCCCCCAGUGCCUUUCGCCCUUGUGCACACCCGCCUGUCAAAAUGGCGGCCGAUGCGUGAACGUGAAUAUGUGCACGUGCGUUGGCGGAUGGCAAGGAGUUCGAUGCCAAAUAGAGCCUGUUCAGUGUCAGAAGACUUGUAAAAAUGGCGGCGUGUGCGAAGGCCUCAAUAGGUGUCGCUGUGCCAAAGGAUUCACCGGAAGUCUCUGUGAAACAGCGGUGACUACACCGUGCGUUCCUCCCUGCCGGAACGGCGCCACCUGCAGUCCACUCAAUACUUGCACAUGUCCCGAGGGCACCGCGGGCCUGCGCUGUGAGCGACUGACAUGCCCGGUGGUCACUACUGUGGUCAGCAUGGCUCGAGCGGUGAGAAAAGCGUUGCGGGAAAGUUACGUUGACCGUUGCGGACCUUUUGGGAUUCAGCUUUGCACCAAAUACAGGAUGAACCAGGCACGUGUGUACCUGCAAGCCUACAGGGUGGGCUACAAAAUCCAAUGCCCAGAGAGGAAAGGCCGAUGAUGUAGUGUUUAAAAUAAACAUUCCAGAAACCACAUUUCAGUCAGGGCUGAAACAAGCAACUGCUGUGAUGACUACAAUUUGCUAAAAUGUUGAAAUACGGCUUAAUACUACUAAGGCUCUAAACCAGAGUGACACUUAUCUUUGUUUCUAUUUCACGUGAUGUUUUUCUGUUUCACUGAGCUGGUAAAUAUGUGUGUAAUGUAAAUAGCCGUGAAUCCUCUGGAAUAUUUUGUGCAUUACGCAAUGGAGUCGAUCCGUUAUGCUGUUUGGCUUUAAAUUACCCCACAAGUGGCCAAACAGCCAGCCGGACUCUUUUGAUUAAAUGUGUAGUACCUGUUUAAGCCACACGGUGGUAGUAAAGGCUGCGUUAUAUUGAGCAGUAUAGUUCCGCUGUCAACUAAACAAAUUAAAAGCGUUCUGUUGUAUCUCAAUAAAAUUAGUGGCUAUCGUUGACAUAUU